UCCCUCUCUGUGUUGCCUCGAUCCCUGCUCGCGCGCCGUCCUCGUUCGUGUGAGGACGGCUCACUCUAUCUCGUCGAACUUUUUGGUACCAAGCCUCUGGUCGGCCAGCACAGCGCCGAAGUCUCCUCGACCGCCGUCCAAGUCAAUUCUCCGCUAGGUGUCGCCGACCCCGAGUGCGGCCCAGCUUCUUGCCUGGCUAUCAGUCAUGACGGCACGACCGUCCUUACCGGCCAUACCAAGGGCAAGAUUCUUCAGUGGCAGCUCACCGACAAUGGCCACCCAACAGAACUGACGGACCUCAACGCCUCCGUCACGAACCUCGUGUUCCCGCCUCUCACGCAGGCGGCCCAGACGACAAGGCCCAUCACAGUCAUCAAGCCCAGCCUCGCCGAGAGGCAGUACACCUUCACGGCCCAGCUCGAGGCUGAUCUGGCACCGCCCAGUAGGUUCCAGAAUAUGCUCAACAGCACAGGGUUCCCCGAUGACGUCCUGGAGAAGGCUAUUCUGUCCUUUACUGAACCACCGGCAACGCAGUCUGGCAACAGUGCUGAGGCGCAGAAGCAGAUUGAUGAGCUGAAAGAGAUUAUCGAAGGUCAGAAGGCGCUGCAUAAGGCCACACUGCAGAAGUUGGCUGAUGCCAAAUCUUCAAAAUGA